CGGCGCCUAGCUAACAAGAAGAAUUGAUGGUCUUGACUCCACUCAGAUGACCGUUUCGACACUGUUGAAUUGUGGGAGACGGCUGGUAGACAGGCUUGUAGGAGCCCCAUAUACGUCACCAAAGUCAUGGUCAGUCCGUGCCCUAUCGCGAUUCUUGAUUGUUGGAGUGACGGACGAGGACUUAUUGUAGGCCAUGGCCGCCGCAUUCCUUUAGCAGACUCUUCGAAUAUCGAAUAGAACAGCGCUUGUUUGCUGUCGUUUUUCUUGUUUCCUUUUGCAUAAACAUAACCUUCGUUUGUUUGUUAGGCAUUCUACAUUCUGCAUACCAUACAUGAUGGCUAUUAAUUCGCUACUACUAUCGGCUUCGUGCUUCACUAUUGCCCAUGCCGCCAUCUCCCUAACACCGGCCGCCAGUGCGCCUGCAGCAUCCGGCAUCUCUCAAGUCGUUGGACCAUCAUUCGCUGGCCUCGGAAUUGAGCCGUCCAAUCUGUUUUCCUUCACUGGCAGAGAUACACCUAAUCGACUUUCCAUCAAUCUCCUUCAACAUCUCACAAACUACUCGGGCGCACCACCACAUCUCAGACUCGGUGGAAAUACUGGUGAUCAGAUGGUCUGGGACGCGUCCCAUACUAGUUUCAAUAUCGGCAAAAACCCCAGCCCCGAGGAAAGUAACCCCACCCCUGCCGAUGGAAGCGUCUUCGGACCUGGAUACUUGGAAGCUCUCGAGCGAUUCCCCACCGGUAUGCCCAUCACUUUCCAGCUGAACAUGGCCUACGAUAUGGGCGAUCGUCUUGAGAAGAUCGACGAGACCGCAGCUGCCGUCAUUGAUGGUCUGAACAACACUUCCCUCUACUCUUUCGAGAUUGGCAACGAGCCAGACUUGUAUCUGCAGGCUUGGCAAAUCCAGAGAAACGGCACAUGGAAUGGUCAGAUGUACACGCAGCAGUGGUUAGAAAGAGCAGAGUCUGUGUGUAACAACGUCUUGAAGCCGCGAGGCAUGGACUGCGACUUCUUCGAAGCCGCCCAGACCGCCUCCACCAUCUCGACCACUUUCACCCUCAAGGACAUGGUCGAUGCUGGAAUCUCGGACGAAUACAACGGUACCACCUACCUCUCGUCAUGGAACCAACACGACUACUUCUACUUUGUCAGCGUCUCCACAUACGACAUCACUCUCAACAUCAUGAUGGACUUUGACAGAACAGAGGACCAGUUCAAGUACUGGGAGGGCGAGAUUGAGUACGCUCAUUCUACGGGUAUCACUUACAACCUCCGCGAGAUGGCAAACGUUGGUCCCACUGGUCUGCCUAAUGUCAGUGACACUUUCGGAGCUGCUCUCUGGUUCCUCAACUUCUACUGCUACGGUGCGACUCUCAAUAUUUCCUCCGUCGAAAUGCACAUGACCGACAACUCCUACGCCGCACCUUGGCAACCUGGCUUCAUGAACGGAGAGUCCGCAAAUGUCCGUCCCAGCUAUUACGCCAUGGCUGCUAUGGCCCAGCUCAUUGGUGCGGGUAAUGGUACUACCAGACUCGCUCCCUUGGCCACCCAGAACUCCUACGUCCGUUCAUAUGCCGCCUACGCUCAUGACGACUUCAAUGCUUUGGUCAUAAUCAACGCUCAGCAGGUUAACGCCUCUGCUACCGACAAGGGCAGCAUCGACUUUGCCAUUUCGCUACCGGACUUCAGCGGUCAGACCCUGUACCUGUCGUAUCUCAGUGCUGAGGGUGCUGAUACUCUCCACAAUGUCACCUGGAACGGUCUCAGCUUCGAAAGUGACAGCAUUGGUUCCGUCAGCCAGGCUCAAGAUCAAAGUGGCCAGACAGUAACCCUGGACAGCAAUGGCGCCGGAACUAUCACCGUUCGCGACUCCGAGGCCGUCAUCGCACAGCUUGGAGCUCGCCUCGGUUCCCGCGCCGUCGAGGUCUCCAACUCAUCCUCAUCUUCCUCCUCCUCCAGCUCUGGCCGCCACGGUUCGGGCUCCAGCAAAACCUCCAGCGCAAGCACUAGUAGCGCAGCACCCACAACCCUCAUGGCUGCCGUCCUCGUGGCUAUGGUGUGCAUCUUCAUGUCCUAGGAUAUUCCAUCUACACAAACUCCUUCCAACCUCAUAUCUGGACUCAACAACUUGAUGUCUUGCUUCUUCUUUCUUUCUCUUCCUCUGUACAUGAUACACAA